AUGUUCAGAAACGCUCUGCGGUCUUCAAGCCGCUCCGUUGCGGCCGUCUCGGCCACUGGCCGCAUCGCCUCGGUCCGCGCGGCUGCUGCCGGUCCUCUCAACGGCGUUCGCUCCUACGCCUCCGAGGCCAAGGCCCAGCCCACUGAGGUCUCUUCCAUCCUUGAGCAGCGCAUCCGUGGUGUCUCUGAGGAGGCUGGUCUCGCUGAGACCGGUCGUGUUCUCUCCGUCGGUGAUGGUAUCGCCCGUGUUCACGGUAUGACCAACGUCCAGGCUGAGGAGCUUGUCGAGUUCGCCUCCGGCGUUAAGGGUAUGUGCAUGAACCUCGAGGCCGGCCAGGUCGGUGUUGUGCUGUUCGGUUCCGACCGUCUCGUCCGUGAGGGUGAGACCGUCAAGCGUACCGGCGAGAUUGUCGAUGUCCCCGUCGGCCCUGAGCUGCUCGGCCGUGUUGUCGACGGUCUCGGUAACCCCAUUGACGGAAAGGGUCCCCUUAACACCAAGGAGAACCGCCGUGCCCAGCUUAAGGCCCCCGGUAUUCUGCCCCGUCAGUCCGUCAACCAGCCGGUGCAGACUGGUAUGAAGUGUGUCGACUCCAUGGUUCCCAUCGGCCGUGGUCAGCGUGAGUUGAUCAUUGGUGACCGUCAGACCGGUAAGACCGCUGUCGCUCUCGACACCAUGCUCAACCAGAAGCGUUGGAACAACGCCAACGCCUCCGAGGAGCAGAAGCUGUACUGUAUCUACGUUGCCGUCGGUCAGAAGCGUUCCACCGUCGCUCAGCUCGUCAAGACCCUUGAGGAGCAGGAUGCCAUGAAGUACUCCGUUGUCGUCGCUGCCACCGCCUCCGAGGCCGCCCCCUGCAGUACAUCGCUCCCUUCACUGGUACCGCCAUGGCAGGCCGUUGCCUACCGUCAGAUGUCCCUCCUCCUCCGUCGUCCCCCUGGACGUGAGGCUUACCCCGGUGAUGUCUUCUACCUGCACUCUCGUCUCCUCGAGCGUUCCGCCAAGAUGAACAAGACCCACGGUGGUGGUUCCCUCACUGCCCUCCCCGUCAUUGAGACCCAGGGUGGUGAUGUGUCCGCUUACAUUCCCACCAACGUCAUUUCCAUCACUGACGGUCAGAUCUUCUUGGAGUCUGAGCUGUUCUACAAGGGUAUCCGUCCCGCCAUUAACGUCGGUCUCUCCGUCUCCCGUGUCGGUUCCGCCGCCCAGGUCAAGGCCAUGAAGCAGGUCGCUGGUUCCCUGAAGCUCUUCCUUGCUCAGUACCGUGAGGUCGCUGCCUUCGCCCAGUUCGGUUCCGAUCUUGAUGCCUCCACCAAGCAGACCCUUGCCCGUGGUGAGCGUCUGACCGAGCUCCUCAAGCAGAAGCAGUACUCCCCCAUGGCCGUUUCCGACAUGGUUCCCCUGAUUUUCGCCGGUGUUAACGGUCUCCUCGACACCAUCCCCGUCGACAAGAUCCUCACCUGGGAGUCUGAGCUCCUCGCUCACCUCAAGAGCUCCCACCCCGAGAUCCAGUCCACCAUCGAGAAGGAUGGCCAGGUCACCAAGGAGUCCGAGGCCAACCUCAAGAAGGUCAUCACCGCCUUCAACUCCACCUUCAACGCAUAA